CUUAUUCAAAAGAAUGCGAAAUCCUCCAGUUUCUAAACUUGAAAACUAAAGCCUCAGGAAAAAGCCCGGUCCUAGCUGGAUUUUUCUAGAGGCGGCGCUUUGGAGAGAGUGGGCGGCUCCCCUUCGCCGGGAGGUAAUUAGCGGGCGGACUCGCCGCUCUGGCCUCGCAGUCCCCGGCGCAGCAUCAGCGUCUCCGAGCUGACCUGGAGAAUCCGCGGCCGCAGGUAGGGAGCGUGCCUCUCCUGCCUGGCGCGCUGCGCUGAGUCUCCGGCAGGCUCUUGGCACGACAGCGAUGGAAGCUCUCUGGGAUGGAGAGAGGAGGAUGGAAAGGGGAAGCGAGGUGGUUAAAGCGCGCGCGGGGCGAGGACGAUUGCUCGGUCGUUCCAGAAAGAUGAGGAUAUUGGGCAUCUUUAUAUUCACAGCCUACUAUGAUUUGCUGCAUGCAUUCACUAUCACAGUUCCCAAGGACCAGUAUGUCGUAGAAUAUGGCAGCAAUGUGACAAUUGAAUGCAACUUCCAAGUACAAAAACAGCUGGACCUGCUUUCGUUAGUUGUCUACUGGGAAAAGGAGGAUAAGCAAAUCAUUCAGUUUGUGCAUGGACAGGAAGACUCCAAGGCUCAGCAUAGCAGCUUCAGGCAUAGGGCCUGGCUGCUCAAAGACCAGCUCUUCAAGGGAAAUGCUGCGCUUCUGAUCACAGAUGUGAAAUUGCAGGACGCAGGGGUUUACUGCUGCAUGAUCGGUUAUGGUGGCGCUGACUAUAAGCGGAUUACUUUGAAAGUCAAUGCCCCAUAUCGCAAAAUCAACCAGAGAAUUUCCGUGGAUCCAGUCACCUCUGAAUAUGAAUUAACGUGUCAGGCUGAGGGUUACCCUGAAGCUGAAGUCAUCUGGACAAGCAGUGACCAGCAAAUCCUAAGUGGCAACACCAUCGUCACCAAGUCCCAGAGGGAGGAGAAAUUUUUCAAUGCAACCAGCACGCUGAGAAUCAACGCAACAGCUAAUGAGAUUUUCUACUGUACUUUUCGGAGAUUAGGUUCUGGGGAAAACUAUACAGCUGAGUUGAUCAUCCCAGAAUCACCCACUGUACUCCCAACAAAUAAGAGGCAUCAUCUUGUGACAAUAGGGAUCAUCCCGUUGUUCUUUGUUGUGGCACUGCUCCUAUUCUACCUGAGGAAAGAUGUGAGCAUGAUAGAUGUGGAGAAAUGCAGCAUCCGAGAAAGGCACUCACAGAAACAAAACGGCCCACCCACCCAUGAUAUUAAUAUACUUUUGUCACUCUCCAGAUAGACAGUUUGAGGAGACGUAACCAGCUCUGAAACUUGUGAUCUUCAAGCAGGGAUUCUCAGCCUGUGGUUUGGGAAUUCAGCAAAGAAAGGGCCCAUGGGAUGCAGGGGAUGUUGGAAUUUAAAGGUCCAGGCACUGAAAAUGGAAGCUGGGAAAAGAAGAGGAGAAAGACGAAGAAGGACGGAGUACAGAGGGGAGCCUGGAAGGAAAUCUUGAUACUUCAAUAACUGAAAGACAAAAAAGAGACAAAAGACAUGUCCGAACGAGGAGCGGGUUGAGAAUCCCUGAUUAAUGGUCAGCUCUCGCAGAAGUGCCCCUUGCCUCCACUCAGCCCCAGGACUGCAACAGUGCUUCGUACGAGUUGUUUCUAUUUAUUUUGAGUCUGUAGCAUCUUCUUGUCAUGUGAGUACUGUGGUGAGUUAUUCCUUUCGAAGAGAUAGUAGGUGUUAAAAUUCUGCUGCUUAAGUGCUUGUCUGUGUUUGGUAAAAGUUACUAUUUGUGAGGUGCUUAGUAUCCUCUGUAAGGAAGCAUUGGAUUGUACGACUUUUACCUUAUUUAACCAACUCACUAGCUGGGGUGACUUGAAUAAUCUUACCGUCAGACUUCAAAGGACUGUUACAGUGUCAGGGUCACAUAAAUAUCAGCUUUACGACUGUGUGAUACCUUAUUCACGUAAUCUCACUUCAUCUCCGUCACAACCCUGUCCUGUAACCCCUAUUACUAUACUCAUUUAAUAGUGGAGGAGGCAGAGAGCUUACGUAACUUGACCACAGCAGGGACCAACAGCUCUCAGAUUUCUAAAACUUACUGCUGUCCUUUUAGAGUGCAAUUGAUGGCUCUACUUUCAGAAAUGUGUUCAUUCAAAAAGCAUUUAAGUGUCUGCAUGCAGCGGAUGCCUUGCGCCAUGCCAGGCAAUGAGUCCAUACAUGCAAGCAAGACACAGUCUCAGUGGAGUGUACUUAAACGUGUUCAUAAUCAAAGCAACUUUAGUGUAUGAGAAAUCAGUAUUUAAAAUAACUGGAAAAUAACUCUUGAAUUCCUUGCUAGCAUUAUGUUUACAAAGAUUUAUUUGUCUUUGGCAUUCGAGCUGAUGUUUUUCUAAACAAUAUCUGUUAAGGUUUAGGAAUCCCUUUUUUCUUUUUUCUUAUCUAAAUGCUGUUCAGUGUUGAAUUUAAACGCUCCCAUGAUUCAAAAUUCAAAUGGUCUGAUAGAAAAACAAUUCCAGUCCAUUCUCCUAGUUAUCUGUUUUUCCUCUCCAUGAGUGACAGAUGUUGCCUAUUGUCCAUGUAUUUCUAAAGAUAGUCUCUGUCUGAGAAUGUAUGUUAGAAGUACAUUUAAAAUUUUUUCUCAGUGGUAAGAAGUUAUGUACUUACUAUACAUUUUGCUAUUUUUACUUAAUAUAUUAUUUUCUGUGUAGCAACUGGAACAUACUUGAGGUUCCCAGAAGUCAGAAACUGUGUCAUGUCAUUUCUAGAUGGUCUUCCCCACAGCCUCUUAGUAUCUUUCAUAUGAUUUGCUGCAUGCGCUGUGUCUGCUACAUAUAGCUUUGGACAGAUAGCACUGUGAAGUGCUUGCUCUCUGACUGACUGGAUUUAAACUAUUUUGUGUUUUUUCUAAAGAAGACCCCUGGGUUGCCCAGGGUAGAGUGAAUCAGUCCAGUACUGUUGGCAGCCUUAUUGCUAAUGCUGCAUGGAGAAGCAUCUCUGGAACCUUUCUAUGUUUUCUCUUGAGUACAAACUCCACUUUGCUGCUGCACUUGCGUAAUUACAUAUUCUUUCUGGAGAUUUUAAUAGUACACUUUGACUUCUGGAUGCACCGGAUCCUCAUCUGUUCCGGAAAAGGUUCAUUAUCUCUGCUUGAACCCUUGAACACCACUGGCUCUCAUCACUACCGGGUCCUCCCAAGACACUGUUUUCCAGAGACUUUUUGGUUCAGAUGUCCUCUUAGGAAGUCCCAGAAUUUUCUUUCUCUUUUGGUCAUUUGUUUGCAUCUUCUUUGUUUUGCCACACAUCAAGCUUGAAGAAACAGAAUUGCCGGCAGAACUCCUUGUGUUAUCUGCUCAUAUGUAUUUAUUUAUGUAACAAUUUGUGACUGGCUGAGCAAGAACACAUGCUCCCUGGAUUCCUAAGUCGCAAUACUUUCCACGGUAUUGGAUUUGAAAGGCACUUUACCCCCUUUGUCUUGUGUUUCAUUGUAAAUGAUGUAAGCAGAGAUGAUACGUAAUUCUGUAUUUGUCACCGUUUGUGUUAAUUUUAUAAAAUAUACUUAUUUAUUUUGCUCCUCAAUACACUUGAGUGUCCAUUUUCUUAUUUUUUCUGUGUUUUAUAAAACCACUCCCAGUGUAACCUCCCAGUGGAGAGUUACUUGGAAUAUCUGUAGCCCUCUUCCUAGUUAUUUUUUUUCAUAACCUUUAUGUUUACACGGCAUACUUUUCAAUCCUGCCUGAUGAGAAUAAAAAGAACUUAUUUAUGUUUUAAAAAAUAA